AUGGACACCGAACCAACCACCACGACGACCUCAACUCCUCCACCAGAAUCCACGUCACCAUCUCCGACAACCAGCGCUCCUGAACCCACACCAACCACACCAGCCGAACCCCCCAAACCCAAGUCAUCAGAAGAAAUCGCCGCCGAAGCAGAAUCCCUGAAAGAACGAGGCAACACGUUCUUCAAAUCCAGUCAAUACACCGAUGCCAUCCGUCUCUACACACAAGCCAUCGACCUCCUCCCUACCUCACCGGCUUACCUUACCAACCGCGCGGCAGCUUUCAUGGCCCUAAAGCAAUUCCGCCCGGCACUCAACGACUGUCAAGCCGCAUCUUCACUACAAUCUUCUGAUCCGCAAGCAAAGACACUUGUCCGGCUGGCAAGAUGUCAGCACUCGCUAGGACAGAGCACCGCGGCACUGAGUACGCUGAGGGCUGUGUUGGAGCUGGAGCCAGGGAAUGCGCAGGCUAUUCAGUUGCAAGGGAAGGUGCUGGAGUUGGAGGCACAUCUGAGGAAUUUCGACGGUGCACGGGAGAGAAAGGAGUGGGCGCUGGCGAGGCUGGCUCUGGAUAAGUGUUUGCAGAGUAUCGAGGGCCAGGGUGGAGAGGUACCGGCCGAAUGGAGGCUUUGGAGAAUCGAGCUCGAUCUCGCGAGGGGGAACUGGGACGCAGCGAACACGGCUGCCAACGAUGCUCUGCGGAUGCAGCCUAACUCACCAGACGCGCUCACUCUGCGCGGUAACGUUCUCUUCCUUUCCGGCAAACUCCCACAAGCGCUACAACACGCUCAAUCCGCACUUCGCUUCGAUCCCGGACAUGAGCCUGCCCAGCGGUUACGGAAACGCGUGAAGGACGUGGAGCGGAUAAAAGAAGAGGGUAAUACUGCGUUCAAGUCGAAUAAGCUGGAGGAGGCGUUGGCGAAGUAUACAGAGGCACUUGAGCGGAUAGGGGAGAAAGAGGAGGAAGGAAAGGGUGGGCAGAUUCGCGCCACUCUGCUCUCCAACCGCGCCACCACACUCGUCAAGCUCUCGAGACAUGAAGAAGCCCUCGUCGACACCGAAGCCUCGCUCGCCCUCGCGCCCUCGUCGUACAAGGCUCUUCGCACUCGUGCACGCAUCAACCUGCACCUCGAAAAAUACGAUUCAGCCAUCGCAGACUUCAAAGCCUCCAUCCAACAAGCAGAGUUCGACGAUAUGCUGAACGAUGUCAAGAGCAUGAAGGUGGAGCUGAAGAAGGCCGAAGCCGAGCUAAAAAGGAGCAAGACGAAGGACUACUACAAAAUUCUUGGUGUACCACGAGAUUGUAACGAAGUUGAGAUCAAGAAAGGAUAUAGGAGAGAAUCGCUCAAGCAUCAUCCCGACAAGGGCGGUGACGAAGAAAAAUUCAAACUCGUCGUCGAAGCUCAUGCCGUCCUCUCCGAUCCUGCCCGGAGAGAACGCUACGACCUCGGUGAAGACGAGGAUGGGCUCAACGAUGGUGGUGGGAUGGGAGGCGGCAUGGGUGGAAUGUCACCACAGGAUAUGGCCAACUUGUUUGCCCACUUUGGAGCGGGUGGACCGGCUGGAUUCGGUGGUGGCGGCGGUGGGUUUAGCAGUGGUGGAUAUGGCGGUGGUGGUGGUGGAUCGUUCCAUUCGCAUUCGCACUCGAGUUAUGGGGGCAGGGGACCGUUCGGAUUCUGA